UCUCCUUCCCCCCCUCCCGCUCGCCCUGGAGCUCAGCAGUAGGGGGAGCGCGAGGCGAGGCUUCCCGGCCGCCGCCGGACUCGGAAGCGCCUGACCGGGGGGGUGGCUGAGGCGACGACCGCCCCUCGCCAAGAUGGCGGCCGGCUCCCUGCCCCCUCCCGCCCCCCUCCCCCGUCAGCUCUGCGUGGCCGAGGAACGGAGCGGGCACUGUGCCGUGGUGGACGGGAACGGCCUUUAUGUGUGGGGGGGAUACGUGUCUGUUGAAGAAAAUGAAGUCUAUCUUCCCAAUGAUGAGCUCUGGAUCUAUGACAUUGACAGUGGAUUAUGGUCAAUGCAUCUAAUGGAAGGAGAGUUGCCCUCCUCUAUGUCUGGAAGCUGUGGAGCAUGCAUUAAGGGGAAGCUAUACUUAUUUGGUGGAUUUGAUGACAAGGGAUACAGCAAUCGGCUUUAUUAUGUUAAUUUGCGAACAAGAAAUGGGACCUAUUUGUGGAAAAAAAUCACAGACUUUAAUGGCCACCCUCCUACACCACGUGACAAACUCGCCUGCUGGGUGUAUAAAGACAGGUUAAUAUAUUUUGGAGGUUAUGGCUGCAGAAAGCAAAAUGAGCUGAGUGACUGUUUUGAUGUCCAUGAUGCGUUUUGGGAGGGCCAGAUCUACUGGGGCUGGCACAAUGAUGUCCAUGUCUUUGACACAAGCUUACAAACUUGGUAUCAACCAACAAUUAAACAUGGAGAUCCACCUCAACCUCGGGCAGCUCAUUCGUGUGCCGUCCUAGGAAAUAAGGGCUACGUCUUUGGAGGACGGGUUUUGCAAACAAGGAUGAAUGAUUUGCAUUCUCUGAACUUGGAUACCUGGACUUGGUCAGGAAAAAUUUGUACAAAUGGCGAAAAGCCAGGAGAGCGCUCAUGGCACACUUUGACACCUAUUGCAGAUGAUAAAUUGUUCCUGUUUGGUGGGCUGAGUUCAGACAAUAUACCUUUAAGUGAUGGCUGGAUUUAUAGCGUGGCCUCAAAUGGAUGGCAACCGCUUACCUAUUUACCAAAGAGCAGUCCUAGGUUGUGGCAUACAGCCUGCCUUGGUAAAGAGAGUGAAGUGAUGGUCUUUGGAGGAAGUAAAGAUGACCUGCAUUUCCUGGACACAGGACACUGCAGUGAUUUAUUGAUUUUCCAGACCCAACCCUACUCGCUUCUCAGGCUUUGCCUUGACUGCAUUGCUAAGAAUGCGAUUGUCUUGGAGAAUCAAAUAACCUGGUUACCAUCUAAGCUUCUUGAGCAAGCUAUGGAUAAGAUCACUUAUUGGGCAGCUGUUAGCCAUCGCCGAGAAAAAGAAGCUGAAAUAGAAGGACAGAAGCAGAAGAAUUCCACCUAGCAAUGCUCUGCUGGGAUCUACAACAGACAGCAAAGAGAAUUGUUGGGAGAUCAUUUAGAAAUGUUACCAGAACUCUUUAAUGGACUGAAUUUCCCAAGGUUAGCUAUGGUCUGGAUACUUAAAAAUAUUGUUUGUUGAUAUCUGAGCAACAAUUAGAGUUACACUGCCUACAUGGCAACCUUGUGGAUUCUGAAGUUAAUAGCGGCUUUCUUUGGUGUACUGAACUGAUCCGUAAAGAGUACAACUGCUAGUUUCAAUUAAAAUUUAAGAGGUGCGUAACAAUUCCAAGGAUCAGAUUAUAUUUGGUCAUUUUUCUGAACAGUGCCUCAUGUUUGCCAUUGUAUGGGAAGGGAAUUCAUUUAUAUGAUGGUCUAAAAAUAGCAUUCUUGGGUUGGAGAACCCUAUAAAAAUCUCAGCUGCAAUUUCUAUGGGCUAAGUAUAACACCAUUCUGUAAAAAAAAAAAACCCAUCGAUAAAUUUUUGCACUAUGUUGUAUUUUUCAUCUGCUAAGUCAGAGUGACUGCACUGAAUGUUUGUGUCAUUAAUCACAGUUUAGAAAAUGUUUGACAUACCACACAUUGGAUGUGUAGAAUUUGUAUUUAACUUUGUUGACAAUAUUUUCCUUAUUUAUUAUUAAAAAAUGUUUCUAGAAACAA